AGACGGCAUACUACAUUCCAAAUCCAUGGCUGCUCCGUAUUUGCUUCGUUAUUUCAUGACAUUUGCCUUGUAAAUGGCUUCCUCCCAAUGCAGACCGCAAAGACAUUUACCUAUCCAAGAUGAGUCGUCCACCGACCACAAGCCUGGACCGCCAACUCUGCCAGGCUUUAUGUCUCCAUCCUGGCCUUCAUGGUGACCGCUAUACGGAGGCUGCGAAAAAUAGUCUCUUAGAGGGUCUUUUCAGAUCGCUAACCAACGAUCGAGCCGACUAUCUCAACGAACUCUUUCCGAACGGAUUCCCGACCUCAUACAAGUUGCAGGACGCACAGGGAGUUCAAGAAAACGCCGAAUACACCGCUGCUGCAAAGGGUCACCCAUGUGGGCAUAUUUUCAAAGCAGGAGAGGCUAGUUAUCAUUGCAGUACUUGUACUGAUGACAGCACCGCAGUUCUCUGCAGCCGAUGUUUUGUCUCCAGCGACCAUGAAGGACAUCAAUAUACCAUAGGAUUCAGUGCUGGGAAUAGUGGAUGCUGUGACUGUGGUGAUAAUGAGGCAUGGAAGAGACCUGUUAAAUGUGCAAUACACACUGCUGGAGAUGACUGGACUACGACAGACGAACAUGUCUCGCCCUUGCCGGCCGAUUUGCAAGAGUCGAUCCGGACUACGGUCAGCAGAGUCUUGGACUAUUUCUGCGACAUCAUAUCUUGUUCUCCAGAAAAUCUACGUAUGCCCAAGACCGUCGAUACCGUCACUCAAGAUGAAGCCAGGAGUCGCCUCAAACCCGAGCACUAUGUUACAGGCGACGACGUCGAGACGAAUCCUGAGUUCUGCCUGAUCAUCUGGAACGAUGAGAAGCACACAGUUCGCGAAGUCCAAUCGCAAGUCGCGCGAGCAUGUCGAGAACGUGAAGCAUGGGGCCUUGCCAGAGCAGAGGAGGCCAACGACAUCGGCAGGAGCGUGAUCAGAUGGUCCAGGGAUUUGAAAGCGCUUACCGGAAUGGCCAAAAUCAUAGAAGAGAUUAAGAUCACCGUAACGAUCAGAUCAGCGAGAGACACUUUUCGAGAACAAAUGUGCGGAACGAUUAUUGACUGGCUUGCCGAUGUCGCUGGCUGCAGUAUUUUAGGCGACAGCCACGUGUUACGUCGUGUCAUUUGCGAGGAGAUGUUACAAAUCUGGCGCGUCGGCAGCGAAGCUUGGAAUGCAAAAAUUGGCAGAGAUGACCUUGACGACCACGGCAACGAGGAAGAGCGCGAAUUCCUGAGGAAAGCCAGACUACAUUUCUUCGAUCCCAUCCAAUUUGCCAUGCAAAGAGCCGUGGGCCAAGAAGCGGAUGACGAUGGCCUGAGCGACAACGACAAUGAUCUCGGAGACGUGGAUGACGGGGAUGAUGGGGAAGAUGACGAUCUCAACGACGUCGAGGCUGACAGAGAGAUGAACGACCUUAUCCUCCGAGCAACCGUCUUCGGGGAUGUUGACCCUGAUCAGACGCUGGCAGAACAGUCAGGCGAUCCGGAUGUCACCGAUGACGCCGAAGAAAUGGACACUGACGGUGAUAACGACGGCGAUGGCGAUUUUCUGGACGUCGCAGAAAGAAUGGACAUGGAUGGCGCAACACCUCCGCCACCACCUAUGCCUACCGUUCAAGGUACGAUCGAUCCAGGGAACGCUGUUCAGCUUGGCGAAGAGGCUUCUCCGACAGGUCCUGACAGUAAUGCCAACUACCUCAACAUUCCAAGAACACCCGCCGCAACGGUACGCCCGACGAAUCCACAAUCUCCGCCGCCGAAUCAUUGGAAAUUCUCUGUGCCGAGCCAUGCCAUGUCGAGUACCGCACUACCGGUAUAUGAGGAUCUGGCUAAGAACAUUCGGGUUGACUCGAUGAUUCUCUUCGAUUUACGGUUGUGGAAACUUGCGAGGACUAACAUGAGAGACUUAUUCAUCAGCACUCUCGUCCACAUACCACAGUUCAAACGUUUGCUCGGAUUGAGAUUUUCCGGCUUGUACACUACUCUUGCUCAACUUUACCUCGUCGCCGAUAGAGAGCCAGACCACUCCAUCAUCAACCUAUCAUUACAAUUACUCACAACGCCGUCAAUCACGGAAGAAGUAAUUGAGAGAGGCAAUUUUCUCACAAACUUAAUGGCUAUCCUGUACACGUUCUUGACGACCAGGCAAGUUGGCUUCCCGAAGGAUCUGGAUCCAGGAGCGACUCUGGGCUUCGACGCUGGCUCGGUUGCCAAUCGUCGUCUCUACCACUUCUUCUCCGACCUGAGAUAUUUUCUUGCGUCCCCUUUUGUACAAGAAAAGGCGCGUAGUGAGCCACACUACCUGUUCCAGUUUCUCGAUCUUGCAAAGUUGUCCCAAGGCAUAUGUCCAAAUGUCAGAGCUAUUGGUGAUCACGUCGAGUACGAAACGGAUGCCUGGAUCAGUGCCUCGCUUUUGACAAGAGACAUCAACAAGCUAUGCCGUCAAUUUGCAGAAGCAUAUUACGUCUCAAAAGACAGCAGUCCGGUGGCUUUUCGUGCUACCCGUGAAGCGAUCUCUCAUGCCGCCGGAAUCGCGAUCAUAAACUCACUUGGGCUUGAACGAAGACGAUUUGAUCAGGCAGAGAUCAAAGACUUGGUCAAAUUCCAUCUUCUGGGAUCUUUUGGAGAUCGAGGAGGGGUCGAGGACAUGUCGUUUCCGGCACACUAUCGCGUGGUUGACUUCGUCAUCGAAAAAGGCCCCUUGAGCUUCCAUCAUCCUCUACACUAUACACUGUCAUGGUUGCUGGAGGGCGGAAAGUACAGUAAAAAUUCGAUAGCCGCUCUCCGCGACGCUGCGCAGAAAGUUUUGUCACACAUCCACGACAUUCCUCCAACCUCUCGGAACGCCUCCCUCAAAGCCGCCGUCACAUCAGUCGAUGACGCGUUGUUGGCUAUGUUCGAUUUUCCGCUACGCGUUUGCGCUUGGCUGGCUCAGAUGAGGGCCAACCUAUGGGUUCGGAACGGAAUGAGCCUACGACAUCAGAUGGUGCAAUAUAAAAGCGUGGCUCACCGUGAUGUCGGCCAUCACCGCGACCUCUUUCUGUUACAAACAGCCCUUGUGACAUGCAUGCCAGGACGGGUCCUCCUUUCGAUCAUGGACCGAUACGGCCUGACUGACUGGAUGCAAAACGAUUUUGUCUCUCUCGACAUUUGUGAAGAUAGCCAAAUGCUGGACUUGGCCGAGGACUUCACAUACUUGUUGAUCAACCUUUUGUCAGACAGAGAUGCUCUGAUCUCUGACCGGAACAAUCCUGAGUCACAAAUUCUGGCAGUACGCAAAGAUAUUGCACAUACCCUGUGUUUCAAACCACUCUCAUACUCAGAUCUAAGUGCUCGAUUGACAGAACGUGCAGCAGACCACGAGGAAUUGCACGAGGUCCUUGAGCAGAUGACCAGGUAUCGUGCACCAGAGGGUCUGCACGAUUCUGGGUUGUUUGAGCUCAAAGAAGAGUACCUGCAAGAAUUGGAUCCAUACAAUUCCCAUUUUAGCAAAAAUCAAAGAGAUGAAGCGGAGAACAUCUACAAGAAAUGGAUGGCGAAAAAGCUGAACAAGUCGCCUGACGACAUCGUGUUGGAGCCGAAGCUCCACCCAAUUCCUUGCGAGGCAUAUAGCAAUCUUUGCGCCGUGGUCCAUACCACUAUUUUCGCGGAUGUUGUCCAUAAGGCACUACUUUAUGUCGCGAGUGGGCACAAGACCAAACCUGGAGUCUCAUCAACACGUGUCGAAGCGUUCUUGCAGAUCGUCCUACAGUUGAUACUAAUCGCUACUCUGGAGGACAACUCGCCCGAGCAUGAAAAUGGUGGAGUGUCGUCAUUUGUUUGCAACGCCAUUGCGGAAUCCUUUCUCCCAUACGGCAAACCUGACCGAACAAUACUUGCGCUGUUGCACAAGAUCUGGUCAAUGGAAGAAUUCAAUGGGUGCAGGAGCAAGAUUAAGCAUGUGCUUCGUCUAUUCAACCAGAAGCAGCCUCGAUUGUCCCACAAUUUGACUCACCAUCUUGACUUUCCCUCUGGCAGGUUUGACACCGCUUCUCCUGCCAAUGUCGAGAUUGAAAUUGAAGCCAAAAAGAAACAAGCAUUGGAACGCAAAGCGCGGGUCAUGGCUCAGUUUCAGCAACAACAGCAAAAUUUCAUGGACAAGCAGGGCGUACUCGAUUGGGGAGACGAGGAUCUGGAAGCGCCUGACGAAGAGCUGCCCAAAUCAACAGAGACACGUCACUGGAAAUACCCUUCUGGCCUAUGCAUACAGUGCCGCGAAGACACCUCUGACUCUCGACUGUACGGAACUUUUGCUAUGGUGAGCGACGCGCAUAUCUUACGGCAAACUAAUACAUCCGACGAUGAUUUUGUCGGCGAGUUGUUUGCCAUUCCCGAAAACCUGGAUCGAUCCAUCGAACACAUAAGACCUUUUGGUGUCUCAGGCUCCAAUCAUCACCAAGCCAGGCGUCUCACCACUACUGGUGAGGAGGUGACAGUGGACUUCCAGGGUUUGGGCAAAGGUUGGCCCAAGGACGCCACUAUGAAGGGGCCAGUGUCGACUAGCUGUGGACAUAUCAUGCACUUUACUUGCUUUGAGAAUUACUAUCAAUCGGUCGCAAGGAGGCAUUCUCAACAGGUUGCGAGGAAUCAUCCUGAGAGAAUAGCGCUCAAAGAGUUCGUCUGUCCUUUGUGCAAGGCACUCUCGAACACAUUCCUGCCGAUUGUCUGGAAACAUUCUCAGCAAUCAUAUCCAGGUACUCUGGGCGUGUCGCAAGAUUUUGAUUUCUUCUUGGACAAGGAUGUCUCCCGACUGUCUGUCGGUCUGUCGGAUCCAGAAAUACAUUUCGAUGUCCUCGCUUCGCAGAUGUAUUCUCAGACAUUGCAUACAUUUUCAAACAGUUCUUUGACACCAACAAUCGCUCUCUGGCAGGCAGGAGAACUCUCCAUCAAUCCAACGAGCCCGGCUUGGGCGGAGAGACCCGAGCUAGCAGCAUUUACAGAGCUUACGAGCAUUUAUGGUCGCCUGAGAGAAUCUCUGUCUAUUGUGUCCAAAGCAAGUCAACCUUUACCCGCAAAGAAGGAAUGGCGAUUGAAUCACUUCCACAUGCUUAUCAACACACUGGCAAACACCAUCGCGUCUGUCGAGAUUGGCCAUCGAGGUCGAGAAGCUGAAUAUGGCACACCCCUCCUAACCAGCGUUCCUCAACAGACAUUGAGUCAUCUACAAACCCUUUCCUCAACCUUGCGAGCGUAUGCAGCGACUGGUGCUCUGACUGUUCGCGGUCCUGUGGAGGCUCAACUCAAGGAUCUCUGCGUGUUGACCGAGCGUCAAUUGACCGGGAAUGUGACGGGACUUGAAUCACACUCAGAUAGCCCUGAACAGCCGCUGCCUCUUCUGCGCAAGGAUGCUUUCCAGUUUCUGGUUCAAGCCACGAUGGUGCUUUGUCCUAUCCGACAGCUUGAGUUACGCCAUGUGCUACAGCUAUGUCUCACCUUGGAACUAUUGAGGGUCGUAUCGGCUUUCAUGCUGGACUCCGAUGCUUUCCUCAAGUCUUGUGACAACCUACUCCAGCAAAAGAUCCGUCAUGCCACACCGUUGACCACGGAAGCAAACGAGCUGCGCAGCGUGAAAAGCAUCAUCGGGUGGCUUGAACGCCACCUUGAACGAAUAGGCGCCGACGAAGGUAGUCCUGUGCAUCAGCUCCGAGGCACGAUGCAACGAAUGUCCGAAAACGAGUGUGGUGCACUCUUCGGGUUAUGCAAGGCCUAUGCCCUUGUCUUCUUGCGGAAAUGCGCCGUCUUCUUCCACGUUGCACAUGGCAUUGACUUCCCUAACACGGCAGGUUCGGAAGCCAGCCUGCCAGAAUUGGACCGCCUCCUUCACUUCUUCCAGAUACCAAAGCUUCCAGAAUUGCUCAUGUCGUUCGACGAGUUCUCCCCUCAUGCAGCAUUGAAAUCUUUGGCAGGUCGUUGGCUUGAGGACAACCUCAAUUAUGAAGUAUACAAUCCGACGACUGAACGCCCUCUGCCACUUGGGAUCCAACUAUUGCACCCUGCUCCGCUUGAGUUGAUCGGACUGCCGAAAUAUUUCGACACCUUGAUGGAUGAGGCUCACCGUCGCAAGUGUCCAACAACCGGAAAAGAAGUCUUGGAUCCCGCUCUAUGCCUCUUCUGUGGCGAGAUAUUCUGUUCGCAGACGGUGUGUUGUCUUACUGAUGAAUUCCGUGGCGGUUGUAAUGCGCAUCUGGAAAAAUGUUCAAGUCCGAUUGGCAUGUUUCUGUUCAUCCGGAAAUGCCACGUUGCGCUAUUGCACGUUGCCAAAGAUCCUAAGAUGUUGGACAACGAUCGUGAGAGAAUUGCACGAGGAAAUCCAGCUUUACCGCCUGGAUAUCUUACCUUGAGUCACGGGUCCUUUUUCUCGGCGCCAUACCUCACGAAAUAUGGAGAGACUGAUUCUGGUCUGAGGUCGAAACAUCAGUUGAUCCUCAAUCAGAAGAGAUACGAUAAGCUUUUGAGGGACACAUGGUUGAUGACGAACGGCAGCAUCUGGAGUACUAUUGCUAGAAAGCUCGAGAGCGAAGUAAAUGCUGGUGGAUGGGAGACGCUGUAGGCACAGCGUCUAUGAACACGGCCCAGGCAAAUUAGAGAAACGAGCCACGAGACAUGUAUAUGAGUAUGACCUUAGAAAGCACUCCUUAUUGUGAAGCCGCCGCCCUUCACACGCAACAUCAAUGCGGUAGCUUUCGACUGAGUGACAGUCCCUGGCGCUAUCGCAUAGUGAUACUAGCUUGAUAUCGAGGAACUUGUGAACCUGCUGGACUCCGAACUUAGCUCGUUGAUGUACUCUCUGUCAGAUGGUGCCACUCUUUCUGGAAACAGGCUCGCCAUCUACGCCUCGGAG